AUGGGCCUGGUCGACUACCCUUCAUCCUCAGAAGAUGAUGCUCCGGAGCCGCCAAGCAAGCGCCGAAAGGGGCAAAAUGACGCUUCAGAGUCCAAAAUGCCACCGCUCCCUACUGCUUUCCACGAUCUGUAUGCGUCAACUGUUCGCCAGAGCACAGUCGACGAUCCGAGCCUGCAUCAGGGCCGCAAGAGGGUCAACCCGCAUGUCGCUGGGAACUGGCCAACACAUCUUUACGUAGAGUGGCAUCCCACCAAAGCGCAGCACGACAUUCUGGAAGCACUCGUCACCAGGGCCCAGCAAGAGCUAGGAGACGACACCAAGCUUCACAACUUUCUCACCAGCGAACUCGGCACAGAUCUACCACUGCACAUUAGUCUUUCACGGCCUCUUAGUCUAUCUACAUCCAUCAAAGACGAUUAUCUAUCCAGAGUCGAACACAUCAUCCGCAAUUGUGGAACGGGUGUAUUUUCCGUGAAACCAGAAGGAUUGGCGUGGUACAAGUCCCCAGAUUCAAAUCGGACAUUUUUCGUUCUGCGCGUAGUGUCUACAAAGGCCGUUAAAACGAGUUCUGAUAGGACUCUCCCAAAAACUUCCACCAAUCCAGAGCUGAUGACACUCUUGACGAGAUGUAACAAGGUAGCGACGCAUUUUGGUCAACCACCACUGUAUCAACAGACGCAGAGUGAAGCUGCGGACGAGGCUUUUCACAUCUCUAUUGGCUGGACAAUGGGGGCACCGGAUGAAGAGACGUGUCUUAAGGUGUUGAAGUUUUUUAGAGCGGGCGAAUUCAAGGACAUUCGUACAUGGAACUUGGAGGUAGACGGGGUGAAGGCCAAGAUUGGGAACACGGUUAGCCAUCUGCCGUUGGUGGGCAAGGAGAAGACAAUGACAGAUGGUGCCGGGUCCAUAGAUUCGCUGUACAGUGUGUAG